AUGGGUAUGGUUCAAAGUGACAGUCUCCGACGAACUCAGUCGUAUCGCGUGCUGAAAUCUCAGCCAGCCGAAUCAAUCGCACCGAGAUUCCUCGAACGAGGUUUGGCAGCUGAUGCAAACGUUUUUCCAGCUCCCCUAUCGAUAUCGACAACAAGGGUUCCCGAAGAACCAGUGGCAUACUUGAGGGUAGUUGGCCUGGAGUUUUUGAAGGCAUCGGCAACCUUCUACAGCGCCAUAGGACGGCCGUCGAGAACGGGUUUCAAACUGCUGGAGGAUGUACUUGCACCCGGUGAUCGCGGCAAGGCCGAGAGAAUUGACCGACAGACAAAGGAGGAGCAACGGAACAGAGAGAUGGGACUGCCGGCCAUGACGACCGUCGAUGAGCAAGCCCACUUUGCUCAAAGACUCGGGUUCGGCGCAGAUGACAUUGCAAGAUACCAGACAGACUGGAGGGUGGAGCAUCUUACCUUUGAGGGAGAAGAUGGUCAGCAUCGACAAUUUCCAACUCGAUUUGGGCUGGUGAAGGAAGAUUCAGUUUGGUUUGUCGUACUAAUCCUCCAGAUCCAGCCACCUAGACCAUAUCAGUACCCGACACCCUCGCCGAACCCAAGAGACAACACAUAUCCUUAUCAGCCCACGCCCCUGUCGUUUUCCCAGCCCACGCCCAUGUCAGCGACGUUCGAUCCGAGGCAAUCAAGGCUAGGAGAGCCUUCGCCCUACGGAGCGAGGCAGUCGAUGGCCAUUGGAGCCCCGCCACCAUCGAUAAUGACGGGAAGGAGCCCUGGCCUUCCCUCAGGUUACGUCCCAUCUCCAAACAGGCCUAGCUACCCAGAAACGUCAUCCUCCUACCAGGUACCCAGAAGCGAGAUUCAUCCUUCAUCAAGUCGGCCGCCUCAGAUGCAAGGGUACCAGCUUCCACCGUUGAACCUUGGGCCUUCCACGGGUCCUUCCCAACCGCAGCCACAAGAGAGGCAGUCUCGAGGAGAUCGACCACGAGUUGAUAUUGGCGGUCUCCUUGAUCACCCGGGUCACCCCAGGGAUCCACCACCACCACAACAAUGA